GACACAUUCAUGAAUGGCAUUGUUGUUAGCAUUAGGACGUCUUCAAAUGGAUGCAUGUCCUAAGGUGCAAAUAUAAGGAUGUUCUAGUCAUCAAAUCGUUGACACAAGCUGUUUGUUACCACUGAACCUUCAUGAAAGGAGAUGGGUCUCAGUCAUGUUCACCCUACAUGCAAAUUCUGUCUGUUCUCCUACCAGGGACCUCAAACUAGACAAUGUGUUACUGGACAAGGAUGGCCACUGCAAGCUGGCUGACUUUGGGAUGUGCAAGGAAGGAAUGUUUAAAGGGAUGGCAACAGGGACCUUCUGUGGAACGCCCGACUACAUUGCCCCAGAGAUCCUACAGGAGAUGUUAUAUGGACCUUCUGUGGACUGGUGGGCUUUGGGCGUCCUUCUGUACGAAAUGCUGUCAGGUCAUGCACCUUUUGAGGCAGAGAAUGAAGAUGACCUCUUUGAGUCAAUCCUCAAUGAGGAGAUCACCUAUGCAUCCUGGCUGAGCUCCUGUGCUGUGGACAUUCUGCAAGCAUUUCUGACAAAAAAUCCUGCCAAGCGACUGGGAUGUGUCGAUGCCCAAGGUGGUGAGAAUGCUAUACCUAAUCAUCCGUUCUUCAGUAAAAUCAACUGGGAGAUGCUGAACCAAAGAAAUCUGGAGCCACCAUUCAAGCCUAGAAUUAAAUCAUAUGAUGAUGUGAACAACUUUGACCCAGACUUCACCAAAGAGGAGCCCAUCCUGACACCCAUCGAAGACCAGAUGUUCCAUACUGUCAACCAAGAUGAGUUCAGACACUUCUCAUUCACUCGGGCGGACUUGAUCAGUUUGUGACCUGCUGGGAGCUACUCAGUGCCAACCCAUAUGCCAACCUGACAAAGUUUUGUUUACUUAAUUUCAAUAUUUAAUAAAAGGACCAGCAAAUAUGCUGUACUUGAACACAUGGACUACUUUCUGGGUGUUAGCUUUGUACUGUAGUUGUUGCUUCAGUGAUAUUUAUUAACAAGUAGAUGGCAAGGAAACUUGGAGAUAUGUUCAACAAAGAGCCACUUGUAUUUUUGAUGAACAACAGGCAUAUUGUUAUUUAAGGCUUUUUAGCCAAUUUUCACCAGUAUUUGCAACAUGAGGGAUUAUUGUUAUUUAAAUAAAAUUGACAUUUUGUUGACUUUC